CUGUACUUGGUUCAGUCCUUACGACAAGGCGAAGAAGACAUUUGCUUUCUUAUCAGUCUGGCAAGAUGGAAGUAUUUAUUAGUUAGCACGAAUGACAAGCCGUUGAAUAACGUAGUAGAGAACUAGUCAUUUGGCAAAUUUCGGCUCAUACUCCUAAACGUGUUGCAUUCUUUCUACGUGAAUUGUGGAUACAAUACUAUUGCAAUGGACUUUCGUACCAUAUUCCUGUUUCUGGUCGCCGGGUACGUUGCAGAUUGUUCACGAAUCCUUGCAAUAUUUCCGUACCAGGGUCGAAGUCACAACAUAAUGUUCGAGCCUUUGAUGAUCGGUUUGGCACGUGCAGGCCACACAGUUGACGUAGUCAGUCAUUUUCCACUAGAAAAGCAGGUGGCAGGCUUCAACCACAUUAGUCUAAAGGGCACACUGCCCUUCUACGUCAAUAAUAUAACCGCAUCACUUGCACGAAAACAGAAUGGAGUGUACCAAACAUUGGAAUUUCUUUCUCACCAAGAACCCGAAAGCCUCUGCAGCCUGAUGCGAUUACCGCAACUCCAAAAUGUCAUCAAUUCGGACACCAAGUAUGACAUCUUCAUCACCGAGAUACUGGGGUCAAACUGUUACCUUGCUGUGGCUCACAAAAUGAAGAUUCCAUUCGUUGGAAUCGUUACCAAUGUCAUGUACUCCUGGGCUAUUGAUCCUGUGUUCGGUGACGCGAAUCCAAGUUUCAUUCCGUCACAGUUGUCGACUUUUACAAACAAGAUGAGCUUCUUUGAACGCGUGGAGAAUCUCAUGAUUCAUGUGUAUUCAAAGUUUCUCUUCUCAUAUUUCGACAAAACAGUAUCUGAUCCACUCACUAAAACAUACUUCGAGGAUGUUCCACCACUGAAUGACAUCUACAAUAACAUGAGUCUGGUAUUAGCCAAUAGUCAUUUUAGUAUCCACGGUGUCCGUCCAGGGAACUCAGCCAUCGUUGAAGUAGCAGGUCUGCACAUCGACGAAACCCAAGUGCUUUCAGAGGAAUUGGAGACGUAUUUGAAUUCCUCUAAGGAUGGCGUGGUGUACUUCAGUAUGGGUACGAUGGUGAGGUCUGACACAUUCCCGGUGGAACGGAUAUUAGCAAUAUAUGAAAGUUUUUCGGAACUGAAAAAUUACAAAGUCUUAUGGAAGGGAAACUUGGAGGAUAUGCCAAAACCGUUACCAUCAAACGUCAAGAUAGUUCCAUGGGCACCACAGUACGCAGUACUCCGCCACCCGAAAGUAAAAGCAUUCGUGACGCAUGGAGGUUUGAUGGGGACCCAGGAAGCGAUACACGCUGGAGUUCCUAUGAUUGGGAUCCCGUUCUUCUCUGACCAGACGUUUAACAUAAUGGGAUACGUGCAGAGAGGCUUCGCCGUUCACCUCGACUACGACGAUAUAAGCAAAGCGAGCUUUUCCAAGGCCUUAACGGAGGUACUGUCCGACCCGAAGUAUCAAUCUAACGCAGCACGUUACUCAAGACUGUUCAGGGAUCGUCCUCUAUCGCCGAUGGAUGAGGCCAUUUUCUGGAUCGAAUACGUAAUUCGUAAUGGAGGCGAGCCACUCAGAUCCUCGGGUCGUCAUCUUAACUGGUUUCAGUAUUACUUGAUAGAUGUAGGUCUAUUUUUAUUGUUUAUAACAGUCCUCGUCAUUACUGUCGCAUUCACUUUCGUAAAAAAAGUACUCCAUUUUAUUGCACGCGAACUGAGUUAUGAGCAUCCGAUUAAAGAUAAAUCUUCCUAGACGCGUGUGUAAAAUAGAUAUAUUUAUACUGUGAAUAUUAAGAGUAAGUUUAUCUUCCAAAGUAGCAAGUAAGUAUUCUAGAGUCUCGAUCGCGCGAGCUCAAGCUUUCGGGUGAGUGGAUGUAGGUUAUGUCACAUCGAACUUGAAUAACCGCCCAUCUGUAAGGUUUGGGUCAGCGUAUUUCUAAACCUCCUUCAACGUGUACUAUAAUAGGCCCGUGGCCGUGCAAAUGAAUUACAUUUUUGGACAACAUCACCAUCCACACAAAGUUCAAUUUCAAUAUUGAAUUCGCAGUUUGAAAAUCAUGAAAUUUCAAUUAGAUCGAUAUUAUUAAGAGUCCAAUCAUUAGUCAUAAGGUACAUUACAUCGUUCCAAGAGAUACCGACAAAGCGUGGAAUUGUACGCGCUGAUAUAAGAGAUUCACGAUCUGUUGUCAUUUGAUGUAAGCGUAACCGUUAUUUAGUCCAUGAAUUCGUCAAAUAUCAGUCAUUAUUGUGUGCUUGUUAUAUAUGAUGAUUUACGAAGGUAUUACUACCGAGAUAGGGAUAAAUAUUGAACGAAAAUCCUUAAUUGGUGUAAGCUUGACAAUCUUGAGGAUUCCACAAUAGAAUAAAUAUACUUAUAUUGACAUAAAUCCGACGAGAUACGACCAAUAUACAAUCAGACACAGAGGGCAACCUCAACUUUGAAUAAGGGACAGUUUUUGCAAUGAAUUCACCUAAUUAGCUCUCUAAAUUUGUAAAAAAAAAGGAUGUACAACAUAAAUCCCCUUUUCCAGAUCGAAUAAAUGUUCAAUUAAUUCUUAUGCAUUCAUACUCUUGAAGACAAAAACAUAAUUCUCAUGUUUUCCAGACAAGAA